UUAGCCAGUUUUUGCCCUAACGAAUAUAAAUAAACAAAACGAUUACUUGUUUAAAAAAGUAACCUUCAUCUUUAGUAGAGUAUAUAAAAAACACUUUCUAAAACUCACAAAAUAUGUUAUAACAUGGCUUUCGGCUACAUUUUCGGUUUUAGAUAUUAGUUUGUUGGCACUUCGUCGCGUCCCCUUUAAGUGGUGUUGGGUGUAGGCUGUGAAACUCACAGGGAAGCUAAAGAGUCAAACUGAAGGUAAACAGAAAGCUUCUUUGAAGAAAUUAAAACUAAGAAGUUACGAUAAAAACAGGUUUUGGAGAGGCUGGAGGGCUGGAUGCUGUCGUCAUGGUGAAGGAUGUUCCGGAAAGUCAAAAAGCGGCACAGUAGCAGCAGCUCGCAAAGCAGUGAGAUCAGCACCAAAAGCAAAUCUGUGGAUUCCAGUUUGGGGGGGCUCUCCAGAUCCAGUACCGUCGCAAGCCUCGACACUGACUCCACCAAGAGCUCAGGUAACAGCACGUCUGAAACAUGCGCUGAGUUCAGGGUGAAGUAUGUCGGAGCCAUUGAGAGGUUACAGUUUGACAUGAGCAAGUUCCUGCAGGAGCCUCUGGACCUCAUCAACUAUAUUGAUGCCUCGCAGCAAGAUGGAAAGCUGCCCUUUGUACCCGGAGACGAAGAGAUGAUACUGGGAGUGUCAAAGUACGGAGUGAAGGUGGCCUCGCUGGACCAGUGUGACGUGCUGCACCGCCACCCUUUGUACCUGAUUGUACGCAUGCUGUGUUACGAUGACGGUCUAGGUGCAGGGAAGAACCUCCUCGCUCUGAAAACCACAGACGCAGAGCAGGAGGAGUGCAGCAUCUGGGUGUACCAGUGCAGCAGCUCGGAGCAGGCUCAGUCCAUCUGCAAGGUUCUGUCGGCUUCCUUCGACUGCGCGCUGACAUCUGACAAGUCCUGAGGGCAGAGAGAAGAAACAUCUGCAAAACCAGCGACAGUAAAUCACAAGACUGCCAAAAUAUAUGCAACCAUUUCCUUUUUUUUCCAACGUUGCUUUGAUACUUUUAAAGAGACUAUUUGGAGGACAAAUCUGGUUUGUUUGAGUUAGUUUGAUGAAACAUGAUUCCAUUGUAUGCACUUCAUGCAUCGUCUGUGAUACACACCUUCAUUCUCAUUUGAGCAUAAUUUGUUUAAUGUUUCUGAUACCUCACAUCUUUUUUUUGACAUGGAAAGUAAGGCAAAAAAAAUGGAAAUGGUUGCAUUUUUUAAAAAGAAUUGGAAUGGAACAAUGUCAAUUCAUUUUAUUUGAUGUAAAUGAUGGUAGAAAGUGGUACAUCUACGCUGUAAACGGUACACACAUUUGACAACGUGCACAUUCUGUUUCACUUCAUUUUGAAACCACCAAGAACUUUUUCAGUUUAGAUAUGCUUUUGUGUGUUUUUUUAACAGUAUUGUUACAGUAGCAUUCACUUUUUGACUUGCAGGUACAUUACACAAACUGAGAGGAGUCUUACCUCUUUUGUUUGUGGGAUUUUCUCACUUUUAAUAACUGUUCUUAUUUUAUCUUACCAUAGCUUGAUUUUUUCUCAAAUUUAUUAACUGCUUGUUUUUAUUGAGUGAAUAAAAAUGCAUACAUUUCUUGGGACGUGCUCACACAACAUAAAUCAUAACAGGCGGUUAGAAGCUCAUCAAAUAUUUUUGGAGGAAAACAUGUUUACAGUUGUGGUACUUACUUGACUUCACCUUAUACAUAAUAAUAUCAAAUUCCUCCUUUCCCGUUUUGCUGUUCAACUUGGUCCUGUUAGGAUUGGAGGCAAAUUAAUUUGGUACAAUAAAGGAGUAGAGGGUUUUUGUUUUGACUGAAUAAAGUGUUAUUUCUCCUUA